AUUCUCUUGUGCAGUUUGUAUCAAUUGUCUCAGCCUUCACUUCAUCUAUAUCUAAGCUCCCAAAUUGAACUCUAUAAAGUCUCAAUCAUUUUGCUGCUACUUCUCUUUAAUCACAUCAGUUCUGAUCUGGGUUUUGUUUAUACUCUCAUUCAGAUCAUUCGUUGUUCUUUGCUUGCUUCCUUUAGAAAACUAUUGAAUAUUGAUAGAGAAGAAAUCCAUUUGCUUAUUGGGAUUUUUGGUAGCUUCUUGAUUGGAAAAAUUAGUUUAUACUAAUCGGGUUCAGUGUAAUGAUUUAAGCACUUGGGUAUAUGUAAUGAGGAAGAAUUUUGAGUAAAGAUUUUAUUCUCUUACCAAGGAAGAAGAAGUUGAGGAAUAUGUGCCGUCAAUCAGAGCUGAUCAUAGUGGUUCAGGACCCUUUAGUUGUUUAAGAUUUGCAUCAAGCAAACUUCAGAUCAUGGUGAGAGGCAGAGGUAAAGGGAAGAAGCAGGCUGUUAUUGCUUCACAUGAAGGCCCUGGCAGUGACAAAGAAGAAAAAGUUCCUGCUUAUAGAAGAAGAGGAAGGCCAAUGAAACCAGUGGAUGAUGAUAAUGGACAAGAAGAAGAAGCAGCUUCAGAGCUAAAUGAAGAUGGGAAGGAUGCAAAAGAUACCAUCCCUAGUAAAGAUGUGAAAAGUCAGUCUCCCACUGAGAAUGGACGGAAAAGGAAGAGGCCUGGACAUACCAAAGAAAAUACAAAUUCAGUCAAAGAGGAUAAUGGUGUUGGAACAAAAUUGAGUACUAGUAAUUCAACAAUGAGUACUGGAUUCCGACAAAUUGGGAGCAGGCGGAAAAACAAGCCCAGGCGAGCUGCUGAAGCUGUUGUUGAGUGCAAGUGAAAUUCAAUUUUGCUGUUUUAAUGGUUUUACACAUUUUCUAUCAAUGGAGUGGUGUCAUUUUCCUUC